AUGUUCCUGUACUUCCAGCAGGCCAAGGGCCAGUGGGUCAUCAGUCCAAACUACAAGGCCUACACGAGCGGCGCGGCGUUCACCAAGGGGGAGGCUUUCUGCCCGAAGGAGAGCCUGAAGUGGCAGGUCAAGGGCCUCGCGGGGCACGUGGCCGCGACGCUGCUGAUCUCGGACAUCACGCUCGGCGACGUCUUCCCCGCAAAGGUGGCGGCGGAAGAGCCUGCGCUUCCGGACGAGGAGGAGCGCAACGCGACGGUGGAGGAUCCCAAGGCGGUGGCGGAACCCAACGCGGCAUCGGAUCAGCCCAGUACGGCAGCGGAGGUCCAGCAGGCAGUGCAGCCCAGGGCGGCGGUGGAGCCUAAGGAGGAAGCGGCGAAGAUGGCGCUUUGA